AUGGCACAACUGUACACAGGCUGGGCGCGUAAGUUCUUGAACGGAAUGCCGUCGAUUCUGAAGAAUCAGAAGGCGUCGAAAAGGGCAGAUGUGUACUCAUUCGCCGUAGUGCUGUGGGAGAUGCUGACGGGACAGGAACCUUUUGCGGGAAUGGACCCCAUGUCAAUUGCUUGGUUGGUGAUGGAAGGAGAGUGUCUGCCGAUACCCGAAGGGGUGCCAGAGCCCUUCAAGACAUUAUUAAAUCAAUGUUUCCAAACCGAACCCGAAGACAGGCCAGAGUUCAACUACAUAUUGAAGACGAUAGAAGAUGCGAGCCAAAUUAGGGACAUGGAGACGAAAGUCAACACCUUCCACGCUACACACAGGACGUGGAAUAUGGAAAUAAGUAGUAAAUAUGAAGAGUACAAACGCCGCAAAGAGGCCAUCUCCGAGCGCGAAUCCAAACUCAAACAACGCGAACAAGAGCUGCACGAGUUGGAAGCGAGUUUGGCCAAAUUCCAGAAAGAACUGGAACAGCCCACCACGGCCAGGCCAACGGACUCGUAGUAUCUGAGUCAUCAAUAAAGAGUAAAAAAUAAC